UCUUUAUUUAGUUAACUCUCCCGGCACAUCCAUCGGAAGGGGAAGUAGCAAGACCGGAGUGAGGAACAAUACAUUAGAUAUACAGCCAUGAGGGUUGGACCGGGUGGGCAUCUCAAGUCGGGUUUCCAUCAGCCCGAAGAUGAGCCUGACCCCGCCCGGGCUGCCUCUGCCGGCUUGUCCCUCACUGUCGGCGCCGGUGGUGGCCACCGGAAGAAGGCAACGGGGGUCCGGGCGUGGCUUCUCGUGGACUCUACGGGGGGCACUCAGGUGAUUGAGGCCGGGAAGCACGCCAUCAUGCGGCGCACCGGCCUGCCCCCCCGCGACCUCCGGAUCCUUGACCCGCUCCUCUCGUACCCGUCCACCGUGCUUGGACGAGAGCGGGCCAUCGUCAUCAACCUCGAGCAUAUCAAGGCAAUCAUCACUGCCCAGGAGGUCCUCUUGCUCAACUCUCGGGAUCCGUCUGUGAUCCCUUUUGUUGAGGAGCUCCAGAGGCGGCUUACGCGUCACUACCACGCCACCACUGCCCAGGUCGAGAGUGGUGAUAAUCCGAACUGGUCAAAUUUGUAUGAUUUGGGAGAGCCACAAUCACGGACUGCUAGUCCUCAAGACUUCUCUGGACGGUUUUCGCAAUUUCAGGACUUGGAUGAGGAAGGCAAGGCAGAGGGGAAACAAGGCCUCGAGAAUCAAGACGGAUCAAAGGUUCUUCCAUUUGAGUUUGUUGCAUUGGAAGCAUGCCUUGAGGCUGCAUGCGGUUGCCUAGAGAACGAAGCAAAGACAUUGGAGCAGGAGGCUCAUCCAGCCUUAGACAAGCUGACUUCAAAGAUUAGUACUCUCAAUUUGGAGCGUGUCCGUCAAAUUAAAAGCCGUUUGGUUGCCAUAACUGGACGUGUUCAAAAGGUUAGGGAUGAACUAGAACACUUACUAGAUGAUGAUGAAGAUAUGGCCGAGAUGUAUCUUACUGACAAGUUGGUUCAACAACACCUUGAAAAUUCUUCUGCUUCCUCUCUGAGCGAGAAUGAUGAAAUGGAUGAUGAUGUUCUUCAACCAGACAAGGAUGAUAGGAUACCUGCUGAAAUCUCAUCAGAAGCUGGUGGUGUUUCUGCUAGUUUCAAAGGUGAACUUCGAAACAUGGAAAACUCCCAGGAGCGAGCAUUUGAUGCACCUAAAGUACUCAGUAGAGGCAGCCACGGGACUCGUUCUAGUACCACUCACAGUGCUACAGGUAAGAACCUAGAUGUGGAGGAGCUUGAAAUGCUAUUGGAGGCAUACUUCGUGCAAAUUGAUGGUACACUAAACAAACUAUCCACGGAUGUUAUUGGAUUUUCUAAUUUCCAAUUUGUAAACAUUGUUGGUGGCUGUUGCUAUGAAGUUGAGAGAGUAUGUCGAUGACACAGAGGACUACAUCAACAUAAUGCUGGAUGACAAGCAGAAUCAUCUACUACAAAUGGGGGUCAUGCUGACAACAGCAACCUUGGUCUUGAAUGCCUUUAUUGUGGUUGCCGGUCUUUUUGGCAUGAAUAUCAAUAUCGAACUGUUCGAUGAUACGAAAUCAGGGAUGCCACAGUUCCUGUGGACUGUUGGGGGUAGUGCCACUGGCAGUCUAUUCUUAUAUGUGAUUGCUAUUGCGUGGUGUAAGCACAAGCGCUUACUCGAGUAGGGAAGGACCAAUAUGGAGAGGACUGUAACUGAUACUGUCUGUGUUGUGCCAUCUGUGCUGGAUCUAUGCUUUGACUGCUGCUAAAUACUGCAAUUCUAACAUAAAGAGCUCUUUGCCGGCUUCAUACACUUGAAUGUAAAUCAUUUGGGCUGUCUUCCGACUCUUCCCCGUCAAUUGGAUAUUGUCUGAUUUUGUUAACGACCAUUCAGUAGCCUUAGGCCUUAGGGGUUCCAUGUCCUGUCGUCUUCUAUUCCUAGGGCAGGUUUGGCCUUCCGAUGAAAACAGGACAAUGAAUGAACUGGGCUUCAACUUUGAAAUUGGAAUUGAAACCAAAAGCAUUCAUGAGCCUGAAAUUUGGUUGAGCCCUCUAUCUGGCAGUUGUCUUCUGGUUCGCCCUUAAUGAGCAUAAGCUACAUUAUUAUUAUUUUUUUUUUC